AUGAAGCUUUCAAUUGCAUCCGUGCUUCUCUCCCUCGUAUUGGUUUCUGUCUCGGCUCGACCUCUGGACUCGAGACAGACACGCAAGAACUCGAACCGGAAGCAAAUGGGGAAUGCCUCUGGCGUCGCUGCUGGUGCGGCAUACUUCAUUACCAAUGAACCCGACGGAAACUUCAUUGUUGCCGCUGACAUUGGCAACGAUGGCAAACUCACACUGCGAAGAGCCAUAGGAACUGGGGGACUAGGUGAACACGGUAUCACAGACCCCAAUGGACCCGAUCCUCUAUUCACCCAAGGUGCCAUCAAGGCCUCGUCAGCAGCGAAUGUGCUUGCUACCGUCAACCCUGGAUCCAAUACGCUUUCUUUGUUCACGAUUGACCCGAAUGAUCCUACCAAUCUCCAAGUGAUCGGCGCACCCGUUGGCAGCGGGGGCGAGUUCCCCGUCUCUCUGGCCUUCAACAAAGAUGGAUCGCAACUCUGCGCACUCAAUGGCGGCGCCAUCAACGGUGUGAACUGCUUUGCCGUUGACAAGCAAAGAGGACUGGUAUCUUUGGCCAACACGAAUCGUGCGUUGAACUUGAAUCAGACGACGCCUGCCACCGGUCCGGCUGGCUCGGUAAGCCACAUCGUCUUUUCAGAGGACGGUCAAACCUUGGUCGCCUCCGUUAAAGGUGUUCCCCCAACUCCGGGCUUCCUCGCCGCGUGGGCUGUUCAACAGGAUGGUUCCCUCUCGGACGACUUCCAAAAGAUCGACCCCGCUGAUGGUGGUCUGUUGCCAUUCUCUAUGACGGUUAUCCCCGGAAAGAACGCCAUCCUCGCCACGGACGCUGGCCUUGGAUUCGAUAUCUUCGACUUCGGUGGUAACGCUAGCUCUGCUGUAAAGAUCGACGGACAGUCCGCGACCUGCUGGUCGAGCUUCAGCAAGAAGACAGGAAACUUCUACCUCACUGACAUCGGGACCUCCAUUGUUACCGAAGUCAAUGUUGACGACAACCUCACGGGAACAAUCGUCAAGCAAUAUGCCCAAGGACAAGGUACCGCAACGAUUGACAACGACAUCGUCACGGUUGGAAAUAAUGACUUCAUGUAUGUGCUAGCGGCAAAUGCCACGACCAUCGACGUUCUGGCUCUCAAUGCUCCGGGGAAAGCUCAAACUAUCCAGAAGUUGGGAGUCGCUGCAACCGCCCAGAAGGCCAACCUCAAGCUGAGUGCUUUCAACGUGCAAGGCAUGACUACUUUCGUGCGACAGUAG